AUGUGUGCCUGGUGUGUAACAGUUCCAGAGAUUGUUAACUUGCCAGGUUCAUUAGCAAAAAGGAACCAGUGUUUGGUUGUGGGGUCUGUUCUUCACUCAAUUGUGGUACUGAUGUUACGUGGAGAUGUCAGCAAGAUGAAUUAUGUGCAUUGUAGAAGAGGAAUUUUACUAGCAUGGGGAACCAUGAUUUUGAAUGAGUACAAUGUAGACAAAUAUGUUAACAAGGGAAAAGGAAAAAGUAUUGUGUGUAGAAGGAACAGGGAACAGAAACAAGAUUUUUCCUGUGCACAAAAAAAUUCUUCUCUUACCACCGAGGGCACAGUACCACAUCAACAAACCAUUGACAUCAGCCUCUCAUAA